UUAAAAAGACUCCACAAAUAUUUAAUUGUUAUCAAUUAUUCUUAGAAUAGUGAUGAAGGAUAUUUAUUUUUCGGAAUGUAGAGAAACUGGUGUCUGUGUCUAGCUAGCAUAGUGUGUAGGUCUCAAGUGCCGACUAGAAUGUAGUAGCUAACGUUAGCCGUUUAGCUAGCUAGAUAACGUUAGCUAUUCAAAAUUCUUGUUUGUGGUUAAAACAUUUUUUUACCACAAACAAAAGUGGGACUGAUGAGUAGUUUAUCAUUGGCACCACCGAGUUGACUGAUAGGUACGAAGUUAAAGUCAAUCUAGCUCACAUUUUCAUUCACAUGAACGUUAGCUACUGUUAAAUUGGCUACCUAGCAAGUCAACUAGUAGCUAGUUAGCUAGUCCACAACUACACAUGUAUCGUUCUAACAUUAGCGUGAUGGAGGAGAGGUAGAUCACUAGUCUAACAACGUUACCGAAAGGUCGCCUGGUUUCAUUAUCAUACGUUUCGUGCAGGCCAUCGUGAAAUUAAUCCUAGACAGAACGGUUGGUUAAUUAGUUUAGUUAGCAAGUUAUGUUAUGUUCGCGACGAGUAGCCCACUCACUGCAACCAAGGCCCUUUAGCUAAUGUUGGGACUGACUUUAGCUGCCUGUUAUCGCCCUCUAGUUAGCUAACCAGAGACCACUCAGUUUAAUUAAAAAACUAUGUUGUUUUGCCUGAUACUGUAAAAUGAAGUCCUUUACACCUCACUGAUCCGCUUUGACGGCAACAUUAUCGUUCUGGUGGAAACACUGGCAAUAUCAAAUGUGUCUAUGAACCCCAGUGGAAUAUCGCUGUCACCACAAGGCGAUCCAUCAUGGUUUUACAAAUAACACCUAGCUGGCUGGUCGAGCAUGUGCUGUCUGACUUCAGCAUGCUGUCCUGUCACCAGGGUUUCCACUUGGAAUGUUCCAUUGGAGCUCACUACUAUAUGGAUAUAGCCAAAUCAGAUGGCUUUGAAUUUUAGCGUUGAAGCCACCUCGGAGUGGAUCCAGUUCUUCAAAGAUGCUGGGAUACCUGCUGGUCUGGCUGUCAACUAUGCCGUGUCUUUUGUGGACAACAGGGUCCAGAAGAACAUGCUGAUGGACCUCAGUAAGGAGAUCAUGAUGGACCUGGGCAUCACUGUCAUCGGUGACAUUAUUGCCAUCCUCAAACACGCCAAACAGGUCUACCGACAGUUACUCCAAUACUGCCUCUCUCCCACCUCCCCUUCCUGUCUCCAGGACAUGUGCAAAAUGGCCACACAGGCCAUAACCUCAGGACAGUCCAGCGUUCAGACCGAACUCCGAAGAACUGCCAACACCCCCGCCACACGUAUGAUUGCCAACGCCUUGAGCCGCGACUCACCGCCAAACACACCAGCCCAUCACCCUGACAACCGGGCAAUCUCUGUGACAGUGUCCAACAAACAGGCCAAAGGUGGCAAAGCAGUGCUGAGCCGGCCUGCUGACGAGGGGAACGGUCUGCCGGUGAAGCGUCGGCGCGUGACUGCAGAGAUGGAAGGCAAGUACAUCAUCAACAUGCCCAAAGGCACCACGGCACGCACCGCCCGAAUCCUGGCCCAGCAGGUCAAGAAAGGGAGCAAGCGGAUGUCUGUGUUUGAGCGACUGGGAGCCGAGUCCAAGGCAGAUACCACCACGGGCAGCAGCAAGGCCACGGGUGUUUUCAGUCGUCUGGGCCGAGCAGACGGCGCGGAGGAGGAGCAGGGAACUGCAGGAAGGGUUGAUGUAGACGGAGUGGAAGAGGAGGAGGAGGAGGAUGAUAGUGACGGAGAGGGUUCGGUCCUACAGUACGCUGGUGUCCUCAAGCGACUCCCACCCUCCCAGAAGAAAGAGCCUGUGGCCCCCAAGCUGGCCCCCACCACCCUCCGCCGCCUGGGAGGGAAAUUCAAACUCCCCCCCACUGAUUCUCCCUCUUCCUCUUCGUCCCCCGAUGGCCUCCCCCCUGCCAAGCUCAGCGUGCUUCAGAGACUGGGCAAGCCCCCUGCCUCCCCACCGCCUGCCGACACCCAGGACAGCCGGGUGACCAGCACCAGAAAUAAGGCCCGGCCAGGCCUGGCCCUGGCAAGCCCCAAGGUCAGCAGCAGCACCAGGGCUGGAGGAGGAGAGAGUUUUGGUGCUCAGAUGGACGUAGGGUCAGUCAAUGUCUUUAAGAGACUAGGCAGCAGGAGGACCUAACACAUAUCAGGUCAUGUCUAGACUUAAACCGUACCUUUUUAUUAUUUGGUAUUAUUCCCCUUACGUGUUGGAGUACUGCAAUCGGCCUGGGUGAAUGAACAUUUUUGAUGUUUCAUCAGGUUUUGAAAGGUAAGUUUAGUUUCUAUAGGCAUAAAUUUGACCCAUCCGAGCUAACUACAUUUUUAGGUUAGACACAUUUUCUCCACGCUGCUGUUCCUCUGCCAAACAAGGAGAUUAAACCUUCUGUACCCAUCUCCAGCUUUUAGUUGUAUUGUUUUAUACUAUUGUUAUGGCAUGGAACCAACACUGGCCUCUUGACCUCAUAUGCCUCCAGUUGGGGAUGCCAUCCGUUACCCCCCCCCCCCGGGAAGGCUAGUUAUUGUGACGUGUUGAUAACAUCACAUAAAGAGCUAACCAGGGUACCAACAGAGACCUGUUUGUGCUAACAUUCCACUCCUUGUCAUGCUAUGUUUGUUAUGUGAGGGGUGGAAUGUUAGCACAAAACAGGUCUGUAUUGUAGGCUUUUACGGAGAGCUGCUUCUAGUGAAGCUGGCUAAGUGACACAAUGGAUUGUUGGAAUGCACGAUGUAACGUUAUUCCCCAUAUCACGUAAGCACUCACCUCACUUGGGCCGUGAUGACCUGGUACAGGAGAAGUACAGUCCACUGCUAAGACUUUAAUGCUGUAACUCUGGCCCUAGACUGGACAGCAGCAACUGGCAAACAGCACAUCAAUGAACCUCUCAACCCACAAGCAAGAGCAUCUCAUCACCUCAUUUUAUAUGAACUGUAUCUGUAGAAAUGUGUAAAUGCAUAUUGCUUGAUGAUGCCUACCUUUUUUGAAGGCUCCACCGCCACAUUGAUCCUCUGGUUGUGUACAGCCAUCUGCUUGAAAGCCAAGAGAUUCUGAGUUGUCUGUUCACGGAAGAGGAAGUUGCCCACCCUUGACCUGGAAGUAGAUUUUAUUGUGAGUCCGGGGCUUAUUCAGUACGUAGAAAUGUAACGUAUAGAGCUCACAUGAUGCUUUAGUUGACUAACAAGAGAAGCAUGUUAGUUCUGCACCAUACCCUUUCUAUCUAAAUGUGUAAUGUGCUUUCCUCUAUAAGCCCCUGGUUUGUCAUAAUUCAGCAUGGUAUAGGAACUGAUAUGUAAUGUCCCCUUGAUAUCGAUGCAAUACUUAGCAGGUGUUCACCCAACUCAAUGUCAUUUUGAGAUGGUGUUUUAUUUAUUUUUUAUUAAACACCGGAACUUUGCUACACUGUAUAUAUAUAUAUUUUGAAAAUCAUGACAAAGAAAAAACAUCCAAGUUUUUAUUGUUUUUAAGAUGUAAUGGAACAAGGCACCCUGCCUGUGAAAGUGAUCUUGAAGAUAAACAAGAAAAUGUCGGAAAAA